GCUAUGAACAUUGGCAAUUACAGAUAAUUACAGAAACGUUAUUCUGAAAUGGGCCUGUAACUUUAAUAUUUGUACUUUAAGAAGAAAAAAAAGAAUUGAAAGAUCUGGGUACGUUAUCCACCCCUUGGGGCCAUGGAUAUAAGUAAAUUAGCUCGUCAAACUAAUCGACGUUUUGGUCUUGUAGCUCGGGAAGUAUCUCAGGGGUCAGAUCAACGUGAAUGCGCUUUUAGAAACAGGACAACAGGAGUACAAGUGCUCCCUCUGCUGGUCACAUCGGGCCGUCGGUAUGGUUGUUAUUCACCUCGCGGAGGCCUCUCAUUGGCGCAUUUUCUCACAGCAAAACCAAUCCGCCAAUGACAUCACCCGAGCCGUUUAAAGACAGAAAACAGCGACUGACUUCCUACUUUGUUCGGCCGAUGGUCCAGACGUCGCGUCACGUUUGCGCCUCUAACCAAACCUUCCAUAACAUCACACAGCUGUCACACAGCUGCACGCGCGCCGGUGAGGCCCUCGCUGGUUUUUGUUGCUUAAACCCAAUGCUUUUGCGCCAGCUCACCUACAGAGGCCUAACACACCCCCACCUGCGUGUCCACCUGAGAAGGCCGCAGUGCAGCCAAGACAUGGCCCGACCCAGUUCAGACCUGGCAGCACUGAGGGAGAUCUUCUCCCAGGCCAAGAACAUAGCCAUCAUCACAGGAGCCGGGGUGAGUGCAGAGAGUGGAGUCCCCACCUUCAGAGGAGCAGGAGGCUACUGGAGAAAAUGGCAAGCGCAGGAACUUGCCAGCCCAGAGGCCUUCUCCAGGAAUCCCUCGCGUGUUUGGGAGUUUUACCAUUACCGCCGCGAGGUCAUGCUCACGAAAAAUCCCAACCCGGCCCACUUGGCCAUCGCCGAGUGCGAGGAGCGGCUGAGCAGACAGGGCCGCGCGCUUACGGUGAUCACUCAAAAUAUUGACGAGCUCCACCGCCGCGCCGGAUCCAGCAACAUCCUGGAACUCCACGGCAACCUAUUUAAAACCCGCUGUAUAAGCUGUGGUCAUGAAGCUGCCAAUUACAAGAGCCCAAUCUGUGCGGCUCUGCAGGGCAAAGGAGCUCCGGACCCAGACACAAACGAUGCCCAGAUCUCUGUUGAGGAGCUGCCCAGGUGUGAGCAUAAAGGCUGUCACGGCCUCCUGAGACCAGCUGUGGUUUGGUUUGGAGAGAAUCUGGACUCGGACAUCCUCACUCGCGCAGAGAAAGUGUUGGACAGCUGUGACCUCUGCCUUGUGGUUGGCACUUCAUCCGUUGUGUAUCCAGCAGCAAUGUUGGCUCCUCAGGUGGCAGCCAGAGGGGUCCCUGUGGCCGAAUUCAACAUGGAAAACACACCGGCCACCAUGAAAUUCAAGUUCCACUUCCACGGGCCCUGUGGGACCACGUUACCUCCCGCGCUGGCACGCCACGAGGCGGAACCAACAUGAGUCCUGGACGUCAGCUGCACACUGUCCAACCGUGGAGGGCUUCAUUUGUACAAAUACCAAAAUGAGUGGGUUGAAUGUAAUGAGCGGUGUGGUGGUUCAAGCUAAUGCAGAUCAAACAUACAGCGACAAGUAUGUAGACUAUAAUAUACUGUACACACAUUUGUCUUGAGACUUUUUGUCUUUCAUCUGUUAAUUAGUCGAUGACAGAUUUGAAGGAUUUCCUACAUUUUAAGAAUGGUAGCAGAUAUCACUACAAUGGCAAAUGAAACCAGCUCUCUGUGCGGACUGCAGCAAGUGCCACAUUUAAGAGUUGUAAUUGUAAAACUAGUUGGUGAGCCAUGGCAAGAUUAUCAACUGCCCUUUGAUACAACCUAGCUGUGAAAAGGACAGUGAUGCCAACACAGCAGUGAGUGAAUAGUGAUAGUCCGACUGUAGGGGACAGUGUUUAGCCACUGCUGCGUGAGCUGGGACAUCUCAGGAUGGCAGAUUGAAGGAGCCUCCUUCCAAUGGAUGUGUGUGUUUGGAUUUGGUGUUGUGUGAAUUUAUGGACUGUGGUGAAUACUGUGUAUGAUGCCUUCCAGUGGGCAUGAGUGAGCUCAGUUAAACCAGGGAAACCAGUAAGGAAGCUAUGAGGAAUUUUUUUGACCACAUAUUAUUUCCUGUAGAUAACUAGAACAUCCCAUUCAUUUAAAAUGAGUAAAGGUAUCGUCUAGGAGAUAAAGGGUGUCCCCGCAGAGCGUCCUCAGGGUCCUUGCAUGCAUGUAUCUAUAACAGUCUGGAUCAGAAAGGACCGAGCUUCAAUAAUGCAGCAGGUGGGGACGAUGGUACCAGUGUAGAAGUGAAAAUGGACUCUACCCCUCCUCUAUGUGCUCUCCGGUAGGCGUUUUUCUUGUAGCUUGACACUUUAAUGCUCGGCCACAACCGACAACCCCCCCCCCCCCCCCCCUUUUGUUCCAUUGUCUCAACAUCAACACACAGUGCGCAUGCCAAGAGCGGUGUUCUUGUACGUCAUGGUGCCGCGCUACAUGCGAGGAAAGCAUCCCCUGCUUUGGGAAUCACUGCAGUUACCAGCAACUACGAGCCAAGACUGUAAAGCUGAAUUUUGAUUUGUUCAAAUGAAUGAACUGUUAAACACAUUUGUGUUGCAUGGCAUAAAAACAUUGAUGCGAUGGUCUGUAUGCAUGAAACGUGCCACGGCGACCAAAACAUGACAAGAAAAUGAUAGGCUGACUGCACAGGACCUUUGGGUGCAGGUGGAUCGAUGGUUCAAUAAAAAAAAUCCUACUUGAGACUAGAAAGUGGACUUUUUUUUUUUUUUUUUUUUUUAAAGCAAUCUUUUUCCAGGUUUCAAAAGAAGUUGAGCUUUGGAAUCCGUCUCUGAAGCCUCUCUGAAAUGGACCGCGUUGUUCCUGACACAUCCCCGCUCGGCCACAGUGUGGCGAAUGCGACACCAUUUCGCCUUUUCUUUUCUCCUCCCUGUGUUCUGCCAUUCACCUUUUUUGAAGAGCUGUUUUCCCCCUGCGCUCUCAUCUGUACCUCUGCCAUGCGCGCCGCGUUCUAGACGCCUCCAUCGCCCGCUCAUUAGAGGGAGGCCGAUGGUCCGACGCCCCCCCCCCCCCCCCCCCCCCCGCGACACGGCUCCACAAAUAACAGAGACAAUUUCCCGCCUGUUAGGCGCCGAUUUCACACCAAUCUGAGUUGCUCUGCCAGAGCGAGCGGGUAGAGAGACAGAAACGACGUGGAGAAGAAAAGCAAAGGGAAUAUGUAGGUCAGAGUGUAAUGGAUUGAAAAUACAAGUGCUUUAUCCUAUCAGCACACCGCCCUCAUCAGCCUCAAGAAGUAUACCAACAUGCAGCUGUAGCCAUUUUAGGAGAUUUCCUUUACAUUUGAAAGAAAAAAUGCCCAUGCAUAACCCUUAAAGAAUUGUAAUCCUUUUAUAGAGGCUAUCCACCAUAUUUAUUGUAGCUUUGUGUGUAUUGUACAUAUAGGAGCAUGGUUCAUUUAACUUUCAGGAAAACAACAAUUCUUCCUCCAUUGGUUUAAUUAUUAGUGGGAGCAUUUUGGGAAGGUCCCUAACUAAGCGGGAAAGUAGUCGAUAACGGCCCAACAGCAAAGUUCUGCCCUAGAGGGCUCACGUACUAUAACAUGUACUCUACUACAUUUGAGUAUUGCACUUUUAAGUCAGCUACAUUUGUAAAAGAUGCAACCAAUGUAUGAAAUAGGAUGCAUUGUUAUACAGGUUAUUAAACUACUAUAACAGAAUCUAGUGAAAAUAAGGUCCAGCCUCACACUUAAAGCUAAUGCGUGAGUAUGAAAUGAUUAGUGUGUAUUCUGCAUGAUUGUAUCACUGAGCUUGGAUGAAAACACUAAAUACUGAAUUAUCAUUGUUUAUGGUUGUGACAUUGCACUAAGGAAAUGUUCAAGUAACCAUUUAUUAUGAAAUAAUAAACUUUAAAAAGUUGUCAAAGCAGUGCGGAGAACCAUGUUUGAUGCUUCCACUUCUAUGAUCCAAUUAAACUUUGACAUUCAACGUCUAUAACAAUAAAAUUAGAAGAUGAGACAAUGCUUGUUCUCAAUUUAUUUAGGCCUUAUUUAGCUGCUCAAUCUAAUUAUACUCUAUAUAUACUCUAAAAAAAGGUGCAGUGGUUGAUUCUUUGAUUUCUCUUCAGGUUCCUUACAGACUGUUUGAGGAAGUUUUCAUUUAGAAGCUUCAGUGUUACAGGUAAUGUAAAAAUCACCCUAUAUUGAUAAGUGCAUGUCCUAAUGUCUGUGUGGCAAAUAUUCAUGCACGUUUGUAAUUAAAUGCGUGCAAAUGAAUUUUGUGAGGACCUUUGACUUAAUAGACUGCAGAACAUUCAAAGCGCUUCAACACUCUCCCAUUCAUACACUGAUGGCAGGAGCCUCCAUACACAGUGUCACCCGCCCAUAGCAUUCAGACACUGGGAGGACACACUGGGAGGAACUGGGAUUGAACCACCAACGCCGCUACCACGGGGCCACAGUAGGACUAACCGCAGCAAUUACUUACACUCAAACUGCACUUUAAAGAGGUGAACCGCAGAUAAAUUAUUAUCUUCGAGUAAAAUGUUCCCACUUUUAAAAAAAAUUGCAAUUUUUUUGUCUUCUCAUUCUAAUUUAAAAAGUUCCAGUUUGUCACAAAUAUUUAAGUGUUGUUAAAAAAUGGCUUCACAAAAUGUUG